GCAGCGAGCACUGGGAACGGUUCGUUUGCCUACUUGUGACCAAGUGGGACGGAGUUUAAAUCAUAAAGUGAAUUUUUGGAACCGCUUGACAAUGUUUUUCGAGAUCGCAAUUAACCUGGGACUAGUGUUGGUCGGUUUGGCGACGAUUGUUUACAUUUUAAUUCGCCGACAGUUUACUUACUGGGAAAGAAAAGGGGUGCCGUAUGUAAAGGCGGAAUCCUAUCUCGGCACCUAUGCCGACGUCAUCAACAAGAAGAAAUCAACGCCUGAACUGCUCCAAGAAGUGUUUGGCAAGUUAAAAGGAGAGAGAUUCGGCGGUGUAUGGGAAAUUCUUUCACCGAGAUUGUUCCUCGUCGAUCCAGAUGUACUUCGGGACAUAAUGGUGAAGAAUUUCGACUCCUGGACCAGCCGCGGGAUGACCUUCAAUCCAGAGGUGGAUCCGCUCUCCCAGCAUGUAGCCUUGCUCGAUGGAAAGAUGUGGAAGGGAGUGAGGACGAAGCUGACCCCCACCUUCACUUCAGCGAGACUGAAGCACAUGCAUUACCUACUUUUGGAGUGCGCAAAGGAUUUGGAGAAAUACCUUGAUACGGUGGUUGGGAAAAAUGAACCCUUCGAGGCCAGGGAAGUCAGCGCCAAGUUCACCACGGACGUAAUUGGCUCCUGUGUAUUUGGGAUUCAAAUGAAUUCGCUGAGUGACGAAGAUGCAGCUUUUCGUAAGAUGGGAAGGAGGAUCACUGACAGCGUUUCACUCAAGACGCGAUUAACGCUUAUGGUUCAGGCCAGUUCUCCGUGGUUGUUCAAGAAAUUGAAGCUCUCCCUGACACAACCGGACAUCGAAGAGUUCUUCCUUAGAAUCGUGAGAGAAGCCUUCGAAUACCGAGAGAAGAACAACGUGCAGAGGCACGACUUCAUAGACCUUCUGAGGAACCUUAAAAACACAGACCAACAGCUGGGCGAGGAUGACGUAGUGUUCGACGACAAACUCCUGACAGCCCAAGCGUACGUCUUUUUCGGAGCUGGUUUUGAAACGAGCUCCACGACGAUUGGAUACGCCCUUCACGAGCUGGCUGUUCACCAAGAUAUUCAAGAUCGUCUCAGGAAAGAAAUUCGCGAGAUGAAAGCCGCCAACAAGGGAGAAAUUACCUGGGAUGGUUUGCAGGGCAUGAAAUAUUUAGACAAAGUAUUUCAAGAAACAAUAAGGAAGUAUCCAGUCAUUCCGCAAAUCGAACGAGUCUCAGUUAAGCCCUACCAACUCCCAGGGACGAACGUGGUGCUACCACCAGAAUCAAAGUGCCUCAUCCCCAUCUACGCUUUCCACCACAACCCGGAAUUUUUCCCCGACCCGGAGAAAUUCGACCCAGAGAGAUUCACCGAGGAAGCCAAGGCUAACCGACGUCCCUACACUUACAUACCCUUCGGUGGUGGGCCCAGAAAUUGUAUAGGUUCUCGGUUUGCCGAGCAACAGUCGAAAAUCGGUAUUGUCAAGGUGAUUGACAAGUUUAAGCUUUCCUUGUGCGAGAAGUCGCAGAAUCCACUUAAGUUCAAACUUGGCGCACGAUUCCUCUACCCGGAACGCGGAGUUUGGAUCAAAGCAGCUCGCAUUGGUGCAGACGAUAAGUGACGUCAUCAGCCCUUGGACUGCCCGAUAUAACCGAGUGCAAAGUUAUGCUUUACAGGAUAGGAAUCGUAGUGAAUGUUAUUUAGUGUAAAAUUGUGAUCCCGAAACGAACGGACUCAUUGAAAACUACAUUCUCUGUUCGAUAUAUAUAUAUUAUUGAUACAUUUUGAUACGAAAAAUUUUGAUGAAAGAAAAGUGUGAUGUGAAAUAUUCUUUGUAUAUCACGAUUUUUAUGCACAAGAUAUUUCAAAAUCAUACUAUAUUCAACGAUCAUUACGCUCACGCGCUAAAGAGAUUUAAGCAAAUCUUGGCUUGUCACUAUUCUUCUUAACCAGAAAAGUCAUCGUUAAAUUCAAUCAGUAGAAGCAAAACUUGAUUACUAUUUCCUUUGAGGAGGGGAAUGAAAAUACAUAAUCAGCUAUUUGAUAAACAUUUGUUCGAAAAAUAUUUUUAUUAUUGCUUACAUAAAUUUUUUUACAUCGAAAUAGAAUGUGGCGAGUUCCGUGAAAUAAAACUAAUUUGCAAUAAGCAAACAACUUGUCACGUUUUACUUACGUGUGACCGAAAUAAUUGAAAUUGAACGCUAAACUAUUCAUUAUCAACUCUUGGGACAAACGAUAAGAUUUUGUUCUGAUAUAUUCUUCGAUACUGCACAAUUCACGUUGUCCAAAGUCUUUCUCACUCUAUUAUCUCGUGACGACAAGAAUGGGUAAACAAUCACAAUCGCAUUG